ACAAGCGUAAAACCUGACCCGUGUCUCAUCACCUGGUCUCAUCUUAGUGCAUCUGACCGAUAGUUGCGAUUCCUGCGAGAUUCUUCAAGCCGUCUCCUUCUAAUAACCUGUGACAUUCUUGUGUUAUUAUUUAAUUUGACGGCCCGGUCCCGUACGGAAAUAUUUGAAGCCUAUCGAUAUUUAUGCGGUACGUAUUAAAUAACCUACCUUAUUAAUUAGGACUCUUCAGCCCCUAAACCCACAAGAAAUCUAUUCGGUGGAUGGUCGAUAGUGGAUGGUGGAUUGUGGAUACUUUUAAUAUGUCGUUGUUGGCCUAUCCUCGUUCUCGGUUCACGGUUCACUCUUCACUCUUCACAUAAACCUGGCCAUUGCCGUCCAAUAUUAAUUACUUGACUCUUUUUUACCUUCGCUGACUUUUCUACUUGGAUCUUUUAGGUCUCUUCAUCGUCGACCGCAAACGAAUCUUGACUGUUUCGAGCAUAUAAGCUAACCACUGUGUUUUCCCCUUGUAAGCUAUGUCUUCUGCUGCCACGAUGCAGUCAGUCCCGGCUAUCCCCCCUCGUCCUGCGAGAGGUCAAGAGAAGGAGAAUGGCUCAACUGUACCUGCGAUCCCCCCGCGUCCCAACCGCCGUUUUAAUCGUUCCGUAUCUCCUAACCCGGAUCGAUUUGCUCCUUCACCUCUAAACGAAAGUCCAUUCCCACCCAAAGGUACCGGUGCUGCUCGACACAGUCAAACCCAUCUUGGUGAGGAACUGGAACGUCCUAUGAGCGUUGAGAUGCCCAGUGUAGGUGAAGAAGGUCGGGAGUACGCUGCAGCUAUCGAAGAGCUGGGCUCUCCGGAGGCUAGCCGUCGUUCAUCUACUUCUCCCGAACAAACCCGCACUGUUGGCGAGGACAUUAAAUUGCACGCACCGAAGCCAACAAUGCCUGCUCAGAGUGCUAAACAGCGAGUCGCUGCGGUAACUCGCACCGAUUCCGAUAAGGCCGCAACCUUUGGUCUCGGACGUCCUUCCUACGAGGAGCAGGCUUAUUCGGGCCGCAGCCUGAAGAAAAAGGCAAGUACUACGAGUCAGCUUUCCCAUCAGAGUGAACUCUUCACCGAGGAUGAGAAUGGCAUCCCUGAGAUUGGACAACGUGUACCCAUGUUAGCCAAUGCAGGUGAUGUUCAGGCACCCUCGCCUGCUCCAGCCCCGAGAGCUAUGAGUACCGACGGGACAAAGCCUGCUCGGCACCAUUCUCGAAGGACGAGUUCUCGAAAUGGGUUUAACGACCUCCCCUCUGAUGUCUAUGGCCUCCAUGGACACGGCGUUGCAUCAAAUGACAAACUUGAAAAGGCCUAUUACGAAAAGCAUCCCGACGUCCUCCAGAAGGAGCGCUACAACCAUCUCCAUGACCGUGCCCACGACUACUCAAUGAGUAGUGAAGAUCUCAACAAGAUCGUUCGGGAUACAGCCAGUCGCGGUGCUGGUUUUGGUACAUCAACAGAUUAUGUUGGGACUCCUAGCGAGCAAAUCGGUUAUCGGGCAACAGAUGAAUACACCUCACGAAUUUCAUCUCCCCAACCGCCAUCCACGGCUCCCAAGUACGACGCGAACCUCGCUUCGGCCGCAAAGGAUGAGACUGCUGAUAAUGCUAACAACGACAACGUGAUUCACGUAGACGAGCCGGACCGACGUAAGGGAUUCGCUCAAUUCGGUAAUGAGAAAUCUGCCGAGGGUGAAGGUGCCGAGGAAAUACACACCCAUCCGAUUCUAGCACCUGACGAAGUAGCUAAAGAUCCCUCUCCUUAUCAACUACAGCCUGCUGUUGAGCCUCCGUCGGAACGACAUGGCAGUGCAUACGAAAUGGAAGGACCUAAGAGUCGCCCUACAAGUAGACCUGCAAGUAUAUACAGUCCCCCACUGCCGGAAAUUCAUUCGACCCCUUUAGAGGACGUUGAAGAGUAUGAGCCAUUAUUCCCGGAAGACGAGAAGAGCGGCAAGAAACCCAAGACUCAGGCCGAAAAGUUAAAGGAGCAUCGCCAAAGAUUCCCUAGCCGUGAUAUUUGGGAAGAUGCGCCAAACAGUGUGCAUUCUACCGCAGAAGUCUCAACGCCAGAGUUGUUAGAGGCUCAGAAACAGCAAGCAUCAGCCUUAGAUGUGCCUCUGCGGGAUGGCGAAACCCCCGCCCAAGCUUUUGCACGGAGGCAAGAGGAGCUGGCCGAAAAGGAGGCCGUCACCCCUGAUAGCUUUUUAUAUCGCCAACAGAAGCCUCCGUCGUGGGUUGGAAACCAGCCGCAUUUAAUCAAGGAGAUCCACAGUCGGCCGGGCAUAGCUACUCAUAGGUUUCCCAGUAGGGAUGUCUGGGAGGAUUCACCCGAUUCUCUACAAUAUACUGCAACUGUUUCUACUCCGGAGAACAUAGAGACACGGGAUGACGAUGAUGUUGAAAAGUCGGUUGCCGACCAAACUCAGAAGCCUGCAUUGCCCUCGCGCCCUAAGAGGCAAGGGUCGGGCGAUGAUUCUACUUCGAAACCUACGAUUCCUGAUCGUCCAAAACCUCAACUCCCUAUUCGCCCUUCGAAGCCCGCUACGGAGUCUAAAGGACCAGAACAAACAGUAAAGCCGAAGCCUGCGGUGCCUGCAAGGCCAGCUGGCGGGAAGAUUGCUGCUCUUCAGGCAGGAUUUAUGUCCGAUCUCAAUAAACGUUUACAAUUAGGCCCCCAAGCCCCUAAGAAGGAAGAUCCUGCCACGCAGGAACCCACCGAGGAGAAGGAGAAGGCACCAUUAUCUGACGCGAGAAAGGGUCGCGCCAGAGGGCCUCAACGACGAGCUCCAACUAAAGCUGCUAGCCAAAGUAACCAGGAAUCUGGUCCUCCGCCGGUGUCCAACAAUCAACCUACCCUAAGCUUCUCUAUUACUCGCACCUUGUGGAGUAUAGACGAGGAGGGUACCAUGACGGUAGACGGCUUAGAGCCAGAAGCGUCACCAGAAACAGAAACAAAGCCUGGCAAGGCUACAAGUGAAGAACCCAAAGAGGCCCAACAACAAGCACCGACAGAGCAGGACAAGCAAGACGAACCGGAAGCCAAAACAGAAAACGAACUUGCAGGUUCCAAGGCAAGCGAAACGGAGAGCGAAUCUAAGACAACAGAAACAAAAGAAGAGACCAAAACACUCGCUACCAAUACUGCUGGCGAGUCCAUAUUAGAAGAGACUAUCGCGAAGGAACCGUCGGGGGACCAAGUACAAAAGGUUGAUGAGGUCAAAGACGAGGUGAUAGAAUGAUAGUAUCGCUCAAAUAUUACCGAUGAGGCCGAAUGCGAGCUUGUCGUAUUUCAUUUUUUUCCAAUCUAUUCCACAUUUCCUUUUCGGUUGAGGAGAGGUGGUGCGGAGUAAAUUUGGGAACGAGGAAUACUAUAGCAACGUAGAAAAAAAAAAAAAAAAAACCUGACGGGGGAAGGGGGGCGAAAAUUCAGAAAAAUCGUAGAACUCGACAUAUCUUUUGAAGAUGUGUCCCAUGUUGGUUUUUUUGGUCCUUGCCGGUCCGUUCCUUUUGCCGUCUUCGCUGCUUCGAAUCUUGUAGCUUUGAUUCGUUGUAGAUUUAGUAUAUUAGAUACACAUACACCAGACUUCUUUCCAGUCAGUCGUAUGGUUGCUUCCGCAUAUAUAGCAGUUGGAUGUUUCUUGAACUGUUAUUUACUUGGUUCAAGGACACAUGCGUAUUGUUGAGUAGGUAGGUAGGGAAUAAAUGAAAUAAGCUCUGAAGAUUAGGUUUGCUAGGAUUGUGGUGUUGGUUGUGGUAAGAUAACUUGUGGGUGGGUGGACUGUUAUUCAACAGUAUAUGCUUGUCACGAUGCUAGAAUCUUGGACGCCGAUUUAACCUAGGUAGAAUCACCAAAGAAAAGUCGAGAUGUCCUAUACCCUGUGGUAGGUAGGUAGAGAGGCAGACGGAACUAGGGAAUAAUACACAUGACAUAAC